AAUUGUUACACAGAGGUACAAAAAAUUAGAGUACGCAUGAAUACCUAGUUUUUAUGAACAAUGGGAGCAGCAAAAUAAAGAAAUCGGGCAGAGCCACCAUCAUCAAUAAUUGAAACAAAACGAAACCAGGAACAAUGUGAGGCAGAGUAUUGAAUCGAAGCAUUCAAGCCCCGUCAAAGAGACUCUUCUACUGCAAAUAGAUUUCCCUUUCCAAAAAAGUUCAGAUUUGAACACUUUUUCUUAUUGCAAAAAACGGGAAAAGCCAGAGCAAGAUCUCAAUGAAAUGACAAUGUCAAAAGCAAUCACUCGUCAUUCAACCGUCGAAAGUUCCGAUACCAGUUCGAGUCCCAAUAGCAGUGCUUAUGGUUACAGCCGUAAAAGUAAGCGAUUUUCAUUUCGAGCAGUCAGUUCUCAUAUCAUAUAUGACUAUGCUUUACGCUGUGCCAUCCGUGCCUAUCUCGAACAGACCGGCGAAAGGCCAGAGACACCGUCCUCGUUAUCAACCCACUUAUCAAUAACGAAAAAGAAAGACGAACAUCGAUUCAGUCAAAUUUACAACUUUCCAAACUUAGCAGACAAACUAUCUUCUUCUUCCUCUUCGUCUGUUGAUGACAGUAAGAAAAAUGGCAAGCUAACUCAAGACCUAGUAAAAGGAAUUCUCAAAAGACUCGAAGACAUUUAUAAAGCGCCAGAAAGCAAUGGAACGGCAGAAAAUGAUGCAUUAGAGAAGAAAUUUCGUACUGUUUGCAAAAUGACAAAGAAACAUCUACAGCAGGAAAAAAAAUUACAUCGUACAGGGACCAUCAAUGAUGUUGUAGUGCAGUUCUUGAAAAUCAGUGAAGCAGAGCUUAAAGUUCUUCAUCCCAACAACCCUGCCAUUUGGUAUGAUGAUUUGAAUACGUUUCUGUCGAGAUUUGUUGACUUGGUUAUACAAACAUUACAGUAUGAUGCGCCUUCUUCUGCUACACCUGAAGUAUUGGACAAGCUGUCCGCAUUUUGUACACCUAGUACCACCCAUUCUCCAAAAUGGAAAAGCUCCUCAGUCGAUCAUAGUAGAGGGUCAUCGACUUACAAUCAUCAGACGAGUAGUGCUGGUGAUUCCUGUGCUUCGGCCGUCUUGACAGUAGAUAGCCUAUUGAAUUAUCCAAUGAUCAAACUUAUACAGCAGUUGUUCAAAAUCAACCAAGAGGAACAUCGUCAAAAGCUGAAAGAACUUAUACCCAUCUGCACAGUAACAGCACUGAUCUACGAUUUGAAAAAAUGCAUCAAUAAUGUACACAAGAAUGAAGCUUUCCCAGGAAGAAAGGAGGAUUUUGCCAGUUCACUAGCUUACGAGCAGUGGCAGAAGAAGGAAGUAAAACAGCUAACAGAAUUGCUGAAUUCACUUAUGCUUAUGAAUCCAAACUUACGGCUAGCAGACUCCAUCAAUGAAGACGAUAACGAUUCAACCGAAUUCACGUUUAUCCCCAAUGAUCCCAAAAGAUCCUACCGAUUUUUGAUGAGCCUGUGUUUAAAUCACGAUAUAGAGCAACAACAAGCCAAUGACCGGGAUGCAUUUCCUGCAACUGGUUUAUCCCAGCAGUCAGACGAUCUUUUGAGGGAAUGUUGGAGAACUUGGCGCUUAUCCUCACCUUUUCGUGCUAUUCUUUAUCUUAAUUUACUCAAGCCAAAGGUCGAUGCAAAUGAACUAGAUGUACAUGCUAUUAGUGAUGCUAUGAGGUCCUUGGACAAAGUCAUGAAAGAGUAUGAUAUCAGUAUGUGGCCCUCGUCGGAUGUUAAAAAUGCUGUAAGAGCAUUCGAAAGUAUCCAAAAUACUCUUAUGCGCAAAUUGGCUGAAGGUCUGUCAGAAUAUUGGAAGAUAAGUCCACAGUGGAUAGAAGACAUUGUUGAUAUCUUGGAAAAAAUUCACACACAUCCAGUUUAUGCCGAAGCGCAUCCUGAUAUAACAGCCGACAUCAUCCAGUUAGAAGAGUGUAUAAAGGGCGCUGCAGUAGAGAGAUGGAGUAAUAUCGAGCAAUUAAUAAAUGAUCCUAGUAGAGACAUAUUAUCUAACCUCUAUACAAUGGCUGAUAAGCUCUGCAAAGAGCUUGGUUCUAUCGCGCGUAAAAGAUUUUCGCAACCAAUAUUCGGCGUGCUGUCUAUUCCCGAACUUAUUAUGGCUCGACAGCUACCUUACUUUGCGUUAGAAAUGGAGAAUUGGGUCUUUUCACCAGAUUUCAAAACAUGUCCUAUCGAUAGAACUUUUCAGCUGUAUGACAAAGUGUUGAGUUUACAGAAAUUGUACGAUAAAUACGGAUCAGAGGCAAAAAAGAGCCUCUUUAAGGUCGAGUCAUGGUUUUUACCACAUGUAAAGCGUUGGAUUAUAAAGACGAAUGAUUCCACAAAAGAAUGGGUGGAAAACGCAAUUGCGCAAGAUACAUUUCAACAAUAUAGUGACGUUAUUGUACAUUCUUCAUCCGUCAUCGAUUUGUUUGCUAUGUUCACACAAGCUGUCGAUUUCAUUGCAGGGCUUCAAUGGCCAAACGACGUACAAUAUUGUACGUUAAAAACCUAUCUCGCAAAGCUUAUUGCGGAAAGCAUUGAUUUAUACUGCCGAGCACUAGAGAACCUGAUUCGGCAAGACGUUUCAUUGAACACAGAUGAUACUGUUGUAGCAGGAUCAACUUUGUUAGAAAAAGCAAAAAACCAACUUAUUGGUGCACGCACACUCUACUAUAACAAAGGAUACAGCAACGGAGCAAUGCUAGCUAUUACAGCCGAACUCUGCACCAAAUUGAAUGAUAUUGAAGCAGCUAGAGAUAAGCUGGACCGUCUGUAUCAAUUGAUGCAUGUAGAUGAAAUUGCUCAAUUCAUGAGAGAAAAUAACAUGCAUCUAUCAUCAUUGCAACAACAAGCAAAUUACAAUAAUAUGAGUUAUCAUUACACUAUACGCGUUGUUCGUGCGGAGAAUUUGAAACCCAUGGAUAGGAACGGAUUGAGUGACCCUUAUGUCGUUUUUGAAAUGGAUGGGAAGCCUGUUAUAAGAACAAAGACUGUUUACGAAACACUUAACCCACGGUGGGAUCAAGAGUUCGAUAUAGUGUUAAGGGACAAUGCAGUUGACAUUUGCGCGAUUGUUAACGACGAAGAUGUGAUCACUGCAGACGACGAAUGCGGUGUCACAUGGUUUACGUUAUCUCCCAAGUUCAAUGCCAUUUACCAUCAAGACGAUUUGAUAUUGGACUUGGCACCUCAAGGCAAAUUAGUUUUGCGCAUAACUAUGGAAGAUGAAAAGAACGACAUCCAGUUCUACUUUGGAAAAGCCUUUCGUACUUUGAAGACUUCCAGUAUUGAUGCUGCUUGGUUAAUUGUUGAUAAGAUGACACCUUUUAUCCGGCAGUGUUUAUCACGUCAUACUAUCAGCAAAGUAUUAGGGAGAAAUCGAAAUAGCUUCUUUUCAUUCAAUCGCAUUGUUGCAGUUACCGAAAUAGAAACUGAGCCAGAUUUACAAGCUUGCGAGGAUGCCAUUGCUCCACUUAUUGAAUUCAUGGAGUACAACUUGCAUAUACUGAAUGAGAAUCUGACAGAAACGAACAUGCAAUUAGUCGUUUCGAAAAUUUGGAAACAAAUCAUCAAAACGAUAAAAGAUAUCAUGGUGCCUCCUUUAUCCGAGAAUUUGUCUCAAGUUAAACCAUUGGAUAUAUACGAAAUGCAUGUCAUUUUGAAGUGGUUAGAGUUACUCAAAGUACUCUUCAAUGGAGGAGAGGAUGGUGAUGCUAUUCCUCUGGAGACUCUCGAAAACGAUGAAUAUUAUUCAUUGUUAGCGGUCAAUUUUGUUUAUUAUAUGGAUACUCAUGAGCUAAUGUCAAGUUACAAAAUCGCAGAGACUGCAAAAUUGAGCACUGGUAAAAAGGCAAGCAAAAAACCGCCGAAUCGAACAAAGUCUGUCUAUCAUUCUCGAAGUACAAUCCGCCGCAAAAAGGUUAUGAAUGAAGCGAAGAAUGAUAGUUCGACUACUGCUCAACUAAAAGUGAAUCAGAAAGAGCAAUAUGUGGCCAACUUACCCGAUGCUGACGAUAUACUUCGCAUUCUACGUAUGAGACAAGAUGCUGAUGUAGCAGCCUUUCUAAACCAAGAAUUUAAUAAGCGCAAUGAUCCUACUACGGCCAAUGAUACCAGUAAUUCCAUCAGAAGCACGAAGUAUGCUUCUCACGGUUGCGAUAAUUCUAUGUCACUACUUUCAUCAGAACACUAUGAUGGCAUUUCUUUCGAGACAAAAGAUACAGCUAUCCGUAUGCCUACACACGCACCACCGCCGCUCCCUGAUCAUGGUCUCUCACUUUAAAUCAUAUAUACCUUGCUCACUUUGUUCAAUAUCUAUUUCACCCUACCAUUAUCUUGUACAUAGCCUCUCAGUUCCACUUUCUUUGAAAAAAAAAAAAAGCCAAAAAAAA